AUGUCUCAACAGAACGGAACCACCAACGGCACACCUGACUUCGUCAACACCCAACCCGGCCCGGAUCAUGAUUGGCGAAUCACCCUCAAGGACAAGGUCAUCGCCAUCACCGGUGCAAACAGGGGCAUUGGUCUGGCCAUCGCCGAAGUCUGUCUGGCCAACGAGGCCGCGGCCGUGUACAGUCUAGACCUAUUCGAGCCUGGCGAGGAUUUCACCGCCGUACAACAGAAGGCGGGCGAUGCCAAACGCCUCCAAUACAUCAACUGCGACGUCACAUCCGAGGAGAGCAUUAGCUCAGCCAUCGACGCCGUCGUAUCCGCCCGCGGCGCCAUCCACGGCUUCGUCGCCAACGCUGGAAUGACCAAGCACCAGCCUGCCCUGGAUUUCACCCGAGCCGAGAUCGACAAGUUGUUCAACCUGAAUGUCUUUGGCGCGUACUUCUGUGCGACAACCGUUGCCCGCAAAUUCAUUGAACUCGGCAUCAAGGGUUCCAUUGUCUUUACUGCCUCCAUGACGAGUUACCGACCAAACCGUGCGGCACCAAGCGCGCCGUAUGGCGCUACAAAGGGGGCUGUGCGAAACAUGACCCAUACGCUGGCCAUGGAGUGGGCGCAUCAUGGUAUCCGCGUGAACUCAAUCUCCCCGGGAUUCAUCAAGACUGCGAUGACCUAUUUUGUGGAUCAAUCGCCGGACUGGAACCUCAAGAUGCAAUACUAUGGCGGUAUGCCUCGAUUAGCGGACCCAAAGGAGCUGGGAGGAGCCUAUGUGUACCUGCUGUCGGACGGGGCUUCGUACACAACGGGUAUUGAUAUUCCGAUCGCUGGUAUCGUCGGAGCUUGGUAG